GUAUACUUAUUUCGAUAGGGCUGCAGCCUUAUCAAACCAAUUCCACAUUAAAAUUAAAUGACCUGGAACAUUCUCAAUGAUAAUCAUUCAAAAGAUGAUCUGAUCCUUUAAGUCACACAUCACUUGUGGCUAUUAGUGGUGAACACUGAUAUCUUUCUUGUGGUGAACACUCUUAUCCUUCUUUCCCUCCUCUGACCAACCAGCUACCAAUUUCAGAUGCAAAAGUGAGAAGCAAACAACGAGCAAGGGCUUCAAGGCAAAAAUUCAAGGACCAAAUCAUGACCGUUCAUCAUCACCAUCAACGCCCACCCCGAAGACUACUGGGGGACUUUGACCCAUCGCUCCCCUUAACUCCCACUCUAUUCCCUUCAAAAGCCACAAAUUCAACAACCCAACAGCAACAAAGCAUGGAGCCCAGCUUCACCUCAGCCAUCAGCGUCUUCGCACUCUUCGCCGCCCUCUUCUUUAUGGCCCUCCUCUCUCUCUACAUGAGUCGCCUCUCUUUCUCUAGGCCUGCAGCGGCGCCGCGACCGCAAGCCCGCCUCCCGGGCACCACGCAGGGCCUCGACCGGAUCGCGCUGCGCAAGCUUCCGAUGCUCCCAUCGCGCGCCGGGGGCUCGUGCGCUGUGUGCUUGGGCGAAUUCGAGGACGGAGAGAUGUUGAAAAUGGUUCCCGCCUGUGGCCAUGCGUUCCACCCCUUCUGCAUCGACCAUUGGCUCGGUGCGCGCGCCUCGUGCCCCCUCUGCCGCGCGGCGGUGCGCGGCCCUGCCACUGAGCCGAGUGAAUGGGCCGACACUGGUGCGGCUGGGUGGCCGGAAGCUGAGGCGGUGGAGUUAGGGUUAGGGUUGGGGUUGGGGUUAGGGGUGAGGAAGAGUAACAGUUGGUGUAGUUUGGGUGGGUACACGGGUCACUCGAUGCAGAGGAGUUUUAGCGUUUGAUGGCGCCGAAAUUUCGGCAGUGUGCGGACUUCACACGAAAUAUUGCAACACGUAUGAAGCAGCCGGAAUUUCGGCUGAAAUGUUGACGUUGUGCUGAAAGUAGAAGUUAUUUGGCUGUAUAUAGGUGUAAAUCGUGUAAAUGGAGCGCUCAUGUUCAUUU